AUGGAAAUGUUUAGAGAAGGAGGCUCCACCUCGAGACCUCCUAUGCUGGAAGGAGCCAAUUAUCCAUACUGGAAAACCAAGAUGCGUGCUUUCUUGAGAGCUGUUGAUGAAAGAGUUUGGAUGUCCAUAGAAGAAGGGUGGUGGAAACCAACGAUGAUGGAGAAUGAAAUCGUCAUACCCAAACCCAUGAGUCAAUGGACCACUGUUGAAAUGGAAAGAGCGAAUUUCAACUCAAAGGCUCUUCAUGCCUUGUUUAAUGCUAUCUCCACUAACCAGUUGAAGGUUAUAGCCAAUUGUGAAAUUGCUAAGGAAGCAUGGGAGAAGCUAAAGAUUAAGAACGAGGGAACUGAUGCUGUCAAGAAAUCAAGGUUGCGUGCCUUGGCAAAGGCUUUCGAAAAUCUUACCAUGGAGGAGGAUGAGUCUGUGGCUGAAUUCCAUGCAAAACUUUGUGACAUCUCUAAUGAAUCAUAUGCUCUGGGGAAAACUUACUCUAACUCGAAACUGGUUCGAAAGGUGCUUGGUGUCCUCCCCAGAAGAUUCAUGUCCAAAGUUACCUCUAUCGAAGAAAUGAGAAACAUUGAGGAACUCGAUCUUGACGAACUAAUCGGGUCAUUACAAAACUAUGAGCUAUCACUAUCUAGGUGGAAGAAAACCAAGACACGAAAGGAGGUGGUGAAAGAAAAAUCAGAUGUUGGCAUUGCACUUAUUCACCAAGAAAACAAGAAACCUGUUCUGGAAGACUUAAAUGGCAUUACAGAUGAAACCGUCGCCCUGUUAAUAAGAAACUAUGCAAAGUUCUUGAAAAAGAACUACAGGAAAAAUUCACCAGCUGACAAAGAAAAUCUUCUCAAGAGAAACAAAGGAGUAAAUUUCAAACCAGGACAAGCCUCAACUGAUCAAAAGGGGCGAGGGAUUACGUGCAGAGAAUGUGAUGGAUAUGGUCACAUUCAGGCUGAGUGUGCCAACACACUAAAAAAGAAAAAGGCCCUUGCAGCAACUUGGAGUGAUAGUGAUGAGGAAAAGAACUCCACAGCCAGUGAAGGAUCAGAUGAGGAAAAGCAGAUUCGUGCCCUAAAGAACUCCCUAGAGCAAGUGGAGACUGAAAAAGGAAAGUUAGAAGACUCUGUCAAAAAUCUCAGCCGACUUGUUGAUGAAAAGGAGAAUGAGAUCUACAAACUCACAGCUGAUCUAAUCCGAACCAAGCAAGCUUUACAGUUCAUUCCCUCAGGCACUGCUGCUAUCAAUCAAACCCUACAGCUUCAGAAGCCCUAUGGUGAUCGAACUUCAUUAGGAUAUAAGAUGCUAUAUAAGCAAGGGAAUGACCUGUCUGUUGAGCAUUCCUUACCCUCCAAUGUCAAUUCAUCAAAGAAGGAAGAUGGGUCUCCUGACACCUCAAUCACCAUUAACGAAUCUGACUCAUCUGAGAGGAGACAUGUUCCAACUGGACCCAUCAAACUCAAAUUUGAAGGAAGGAGGACUGAUGCUGACAACCACCCACAGAAUGACGAUUUCAUUCCUACAUGUCAUUUCUAUAAUAGGAGAGGUCACAUUCGACCUAAGUGUUACAAAUUGUAG